AGAGAAAUUUAGACCCAAACAGCUGCUGGACAUAAGUAUGGCGUGCACUCUCCCACCGGCGCGGCCUGGGACGCUGCGCUGCGCUUCGGCGCUGCGUGCGAGUCCGCGUGGCGCAGCCACCGAGCAGCUUUACGACGCCGAGCGCAGCAACCUUUUACGCGCGCAAUGCUCUCGUCAGCGGCGAUCACUUCACGCAGAACCAGGCGGAGCGUUUGCUGCAAGUGUUUCCGACCAUGAAGGAUGUUGCCAACAAGGACCAUAUCAGCAGGGUCGAGGUGACCAUGAAAAACCAUAUCAGCAGGUUCGAGGAGACCAUGAAGGACCAUAUCAGCAGGGUCGAGGCGACCAUGGAGGGCCAUAUCAGCAGGGUCGAGGAGACCAUGAAGACGGGCUUUGUGGAGCAGCAGAAGUUCUUCGUGCUGCUGGCGCUCGCGUUUCCGGUGCUGGUUGCAAUCUUCCUGGCCCUGAUAUUUGGGGCUAUCACGCAGUUUCCCGUGGACCCCAGCAGCGUAGUUGGACUGCUGAUUUCCAAGAAUGCAUAGUUCCGGCAGAGGCGUUAGUUGCGAGCGAUAAUACUUAUGGGUUGUGGGCCGAGGCGUCGCGGAGCAGCAGGGCGAGCGGCGCCGGCGAUAAAUGUCGCCGCCCGGGCUCGGUGACGCGCACAACAGCACAAGACAGGCACGCGGACGCGACAAGCAAAACCCACGACUUACCUGGCGACCAGGAAAGCAGCCCCGACGCCAGGCAGGGAGCUUCGGGCCAGGAGCACGACAUGUGGGAAAAGGGCAAGGCAAAAAUCGGAAGGGCAGGGCACAGUGAAAGGGCCGAGGCGUGUCGGCAGUAGGAUAAAGAAGGGAUAACAAAGACAAGGCUACACACAAGCCCAGGCGGCGAAAGAGGCAGAGAGGGUGUGAGGCACGGGUUAAGAGGUAGAUGUGGGUGGCAUGGGGACCGGUCAGGGGAGAGAUGAAGGGGUGCUGGGCAGUGGGGGUGGAUGGGUGUGGGGAAAGCUGGUAGAAUGGGGUGACAGCCAUGGGGAACUGCCUGAUGUAGUUGCUAUGGACUGCGGGCAUGGCUGCAGUGGCACCUGCUUGGGGCUAAUGCGCACACCUCGAGACCAAUUCUGGGUGUAACGGAAACACCCG